AUGGCGUCUGGUGUAACAGUCUCGGACGCUUGCAAAACGACCUAUGAAGAGAUAAAGAAAGACAAGAAGCACCGCUACGUUGUCUUCUUCAUCCGUGAUGAGAAACAGAUCGACGUGGAAACGAUAGGGGAGAGGAACGCGGAAUACGACCAGUUCUUGGAGGACCUGCAGAAGGGCGGCACUGGCGAGUGCAGAUAUGGCCUAUACGAUUUCGAGUACACGCAUCAAUGUCAGGGCACGUCGGAGGCGAGCAAGAAACAGAAGCUGUUCCUCAUGUCAUGGUGCCCCGACACCGCCAAGGUCAAGAAGAAGAUGUUGUACUCUAGCUCCUUCGACGCGCUGAAAAAAUCGCUGGUCGGUGUACAGAAGUGCAUCCAAGCGACCGACCUCUCUGAGGCCUCGCAGGAAGCCGUCGAGGAGAAACUCCGCGCCACCGACCGCCAAUAA